AUGCUGGGUACUCUGUGGAGUCUUCUUACAGCUGGCUGUAACUUAGCAACAAGCAUUUCUCCCAUGUUAACAGCAUUUCUUACUUCAAACUUUGGUUGGUCAGCAGCACUCAUUACUCCUGGAGUCAGUACUGCUGCAAUGUCUGUUUUAGCUUACUACCUUAUUUGUGAUUCUCCAUCAGAAAUAGGACUGGAGGAAUUUACCCAAAGAACUACUAUGAAAUCAAGAACUGAAAACAAAACAGUAGAGAACAAGAAGGACUACAUUAUUACAAUGCUUCACAGUCCAUUUUUGUGGGUUUUAAGUGCAGGAUAUCUACUGACUUUGUUUGUGAAGAUUGGAGUUGGUGAAUGGACACAACUUUUUCUAAUACAGACAAUUGGAAGAACACAAUAUGAUAGUAGUGUUGCUAUGAGUUUUUUAGAGAUACCCUUGUGA